AUGGUAUCCGAAUCAUUUGAUCUUUCUACAAUUGAUCCAGUAACAGUUACAAAUAGCCCAAAAGAUACUUAUCAUGUGAAAAAAACCGUUUUUUGGACAAUAUUAUUUGCAAUUUUUGCAAUAUUUAUUACUCUAUUGAUAUUAACAGUUUAUUUUGGUGUUCAUCAAAAACGAGCAGUUACUGAGUCAACAUCUACCAAAAUAACAACAAAUCUUCCUAUUGAAAUAUCAACAAGUCAUCUUAUUGAAACAACAACAUCAGCACCACCCGUUGGACGAGUACCAACAAAUUUACGACAAGAAGAAUAUCGAUUAACAAUAUCCCCAAAUUUAACAUCAGAAAAAUUUACUGGUACUCUUUUUUAUAUAUUUACUUGUCUUGAAACAACAAAUGAAGUUGUACUUCAUCAAAAAGAUUUAUCAUUAAAUAAUUCAUCAAUAAAAAUAAUUAAUUCAUCAUUAACAACAUCUCAUUUACCAAUAUUAGAUUCGUCGUCCUAUGAUGGUUAUAGUGAAUUAGUUCGAUUAAAAUUUUCAUCAUCAUUCAUUCCAACUCAAAAUUAUACAUUAUAUUUAAAUUUUUCAGCAAAUAUUUCACAUGAAUUACAUGGUCUUUAUAUAAGUCGAUACAUUGAUAUAAAUGGAAUGAAUAAAACAUUUAUGACAUCACAAAUGGAACCAACACAUGCACGAACUGUUUUCCCAUGUAUUGAUGAACCAGCUAGAAAAGCUAUUUUUUAUAUAAGUGUUAUACAUGAUUCUUCGGAACGUGUUUGGUCUAAUGGAGAAAUUCAAGCAACAGAAAUCUUAGGUGAUGGAAGAAUUAUAUCACAUUUUACACCAACAUUAAAAAUGUCAACAUUUUUAUUAGCAUUAAUUGUUGGACUAAAAUCUGAUUUCGAUUGUCGACCUGAUAGAAUUGUUGAAUCAACAAAUAUUUCAUCAAGAAUAUGUGGACGUAUUGAUAUUUUACCACAAUUAGCUUAUGCUGAUGAAAUAGCAUCGAAAGCAUUAGCUUUUUUUAAUAAAUAUUUUGAUAUUAUGUAUCCAUUACCAAAAUUAGAACAUUUUGCUGUACCAGAUUUUGGUGCUGGAGCUAUGGAAAAUUAUGGAUUAGCCAUUUAUCGAGAAGUUGGUUUAUUUUUUGAUGAAAAAACUGUAUCAGCAUCACGUAAACAAUAUAUAACAACAGUGGUUACACAUGAAAUUGCACAUCAAUGGUUUGGAAAUCUUGUUUCACCAGCCUGGUGGGGAGAAUUAUGGUUAAAAGAAGGAUUUGCGAGUUAUAUGGAAACAUUAGCAUCCGAUUAUCUUGAACCAGCAUGGGCGGAAGAUGAGAGAAUUGUUGUUGAAAAAAUUUUUCCAUUUAUGGAUGCAGAUUCUUUGCCAACAUCACGUCCAAUAAGUAUUGAAUCAACAAAUCCAGCUGAUAUAUUUCAAUUAUUUGAUUCAAUAACAUAUGAUAAAGGUGCAACAUUAAUACGAAUGAUGUCAAUGUUUUUAGGUGCAGAUGUAUUUCAAAAAGGUAUACAAAAUUAUCUUAAUGCAUUAAGUUAUAGUUCAGCAACACAAGAAGAUUUAUGGAGACAUUUAAGUGAUGCUGCAGGAAAUAAAAUUAAUGUAGAAAAAAUUAUGGAUGGAUGGACAAAACAAGCUGGUUAUCCUAUUGUUGAAAUUAAUCGAGAAUAUGCAACAUCAAUUGAACGACAACGACAAUUUAAUGUUGAAAGUUAUAUGGUGAUUAAUCAAAAACCUUUUAGUCUUUUUUCAACAACAACUAAACAAAAAAAAUGGUGGAUUCCAUUUAAAUAUUUUGAUCGAACAUCAAAAAAAAAUUUAAAUGCGAGUUCUGUCAUUUGGCUUAAUGAUACAUCAAUACGUUUAUCAAUAUCUACAUCAGAUUCCGAUUGGAUUUUAGCCAAUCCAGAUUAUCUCGGUAUUUAUCGUACAAAAUAUGAUUCACGAAAUUUUCGUUUAAUAAUAAAUCAAUUAUUAUCUGAUCAUACUCGUAUUCCAACAAUAACACGUGGUGCUUUAAUUGAUGAUAUAUUUGCAUUAUCUCGUACAUCACUUGUAAACACAAGUGAUGCAUAUGAAUUAAUACGUUAUUUAAAAGAUGAAAUUGAAUUUGUUCCAUGGACAGCAGCAUUUUCAGCUAUGCGACUUCAAGAAGAUUUAUUAACUGGUCAAGAAAUUCUUCUUGAUGUUCAACAAUAUUUUCUUGAACUUGUUUUACCAUUAUAUCAUAAAAUAGGUUGGGAACCAAUAGAUCAAUCAAAAGAAUGGUUACGUGCAUUACUUCAGCCAAGUGUUUUAUCAGCUGCAUGUCGUUAUGGACAUCGUGAAUGUGUUGAAGAAGCACGUAAAGCUUAUCGUCGUUGGCUUUCAAAUCCAGCAUUAAAUCAAAUACCAGCAACACUUCGUUCAACUGUUUAUUGUACAAUUAUACGAGAAGGUUCUCAACCGGAAUUUAAUUUCUUAUGGGAUCGUCUUAAACAAGAAAAUGUAGCAAGUGAAACGCUAAAUUUAUUAAAUGGUCUUGCUUGUACACAAGAUCCAUCAUUAAUACUUUGGUUUCUUAAUCAACAUUUAAAAAUAAAUCCAAUUAUACGAGAUCAAGAUUUAGCUGCAUCAAUUCAACGUAUUGCUCGUUCAUCACAUGGUAAUCAAAUAGCAUGGAAUUGGAUUCGUGAUAAUUGGGAACAACUUUUUAUAAAAUGGGGAAAAUCAGGUUCAAGUUUAUCAGGUAUUAUUGAAGCUGUUUCAAGUCGAUUUAUUAAUAGUCGACAACGUGAUGAAUUUAUUACAUUUGCUAAUUCAAUUACUAAUAAAGGUACCGCUUAUCGACAAUUUCAACUUUCACUUGAUAAAAUUUAUGCAGCAAUUGAAUGGAAUCGUGUAAAUCUUAAUGGAAUAACAGCAUUUCUUCAUCCAGAUAAUACUGGACCAGAUACAACUAGUCAUCGUUUACCAUCACUUGCUAUUCCUAUUCAUUAUAAUCUUUAUAUAAAACCUUAUUUAAAUAUAUCUGAUAAUAAUCUUCGAUAUUCAAUAUUUGAAGGAGAAGUUAAUAUUACAAUUAAAAUAAUUCAAACAACUGAUCGUAUUGUUUUACAUAAACGUUUUAUUUUUGUACGUUAUCCAAUAACAUUAUCCAUGCCAGGAAUAUCAGUUAUACGAACAAUAUUUGAUGAUGAACGAGACUUUUUUACAAUUAUAUUUAAUCAAACAUUAUCAAUUAAUACUGAAUUUACAAUAAAUAUUCUAUAUAUAGGUGAACUAAGAAAUGAUACAUAUGGUUUUUAUCUUAGCUCAUAUGUACGAUCAACAGAUAAAGUACGACGUUAUUUAGUUGCUUCACAAAUGGAACCAAUAUCAGCACGACGUGCAUUACCUUGUUUUGAUGAACCAGCAUUGAAAGCAACAUAUAAAAUUAUUGUUGAACAUGAACAACAAUAUAGAGCAUGGACUAAUAUGCCUAUUGAAUCAACACAAAAUCAAUCUAAUGGUUGGACAAAAACACAAUUUGAAAAAUCUGUACCAAUGAGUUCAUAUUUACUAGCGCUUGUUGUAGCUGAUUUUGAAUGUUUAACACAAAACAAUACAGGUCGAUACAAAAAUAUAACAACAAAUGUUUGUGCACAAUCAGAAAAGAAAAAUGAUUUAUAUUAUGCACUUGAAGUAGCAACAAAAAAUAUGGAAGACUUUGAACAACAAUUUCAAGUUAAUUAUCCAAUAUCAAAAGUUGAUCAUAUUGCAGUACCAGAUUUUGAUGCAGGUGCAAUGGAAAACUUUGGAUGUAUUUUAUAUCGUGAAACACGACUUUUCUAUAACAAUCGUACAUCAACAUCAAUCAAUAAACAAGAAGUUGCAUUAGUUAUUGCGCAUGAAUUAGCACAUCAAUGGUUUGGUGAUCUCGUAUCACCAUCAUGGUGGGAUGAUUUAUGGUUAAAUGAAGGUUUUGCUAAAUGGAUGGAAUUUGUUUAUACAGAUAAAAUUUGUCCCGAAUGGGAUUUAUAUGAACAAUUUAUUGCUAAUCGUUGGCUAGCAGUUAUGCAAAAUGAUGCUAUUUCAUUUUCACAUCCUGUUAAUAUGAAAAUAAUACAUAAUGAACAAUUAACAAGUAUAUUUGAUGCAAUAACUUAUUCAAAAGGUUCAUCAUUAUUACGUAUGAUGAGAAAUAUUAUGGGUAGUAAUACAUUCAACAGUGGUAUUUCAAAAUAUUUAUCAGGACAUAUAUAUUCAACAGCAACACAAAAUGAUUUAUGGCAAGUUUUAGGUGAACAAAUGUUUGAAGAUAAUAUUCAAUUACCAUCAAAUACAAGUCUUGCUGAUAUAAUGAGUACAUGGACUGAUCAAAUGGGUUAUCCAUAUGUUGAAAUAAUACGUGAUUAUUGUCAAAAUUUAAUAAAAAUAAGUCAAAAACAAUUUCUAUUUGAUUCUGAAGCUCAACCAUCAAAAUCACCACAUAAUUACAUAUGGUCAAUACCAUUAAAAAUUAAAUCAUCAUCAUCAUUAGAAACAGAUUUAAUAUGGUUUUCAAAACCUAAUAUGAAUAUAACAAUAAGUAUUCAAUCAAAUGAAUGGAUUUUAGCUAAUCCUGAUUUAUUGGGAUUUUUUCGUACAAAUUAUGAUGGAGAAAAUUGGAGGAAAAUUAUUCAACAAUUAAAAACUGAUCAUAAAAAAUUUUCUGUCGUUGAACGAGCGGGUCUUAUUGAUGAUGCACUUAAUUUAGCACGUCCAAAUAUUCUUCCGGCAUCACUUGUUUUGGAAUUACUUGAAUAUAGUCAUUUAGAAGAUUCAUAUAUUGUCUGGGAACGUAUUCUUUCAGGUCUUCAAUAUAUUGAACAAAUGAUUGCAUCAAGUAGUUCCGGUCUUUAUUUAUAUGAACGUUUUCGUUCAUAUAUGGUUGAUCUUAUUUUACCUAUUUAUAAUAAACUUGGUUGGAAAGAUAAUUCAUCAACAGAUAGAUGGCUUGAUACACUUCAUCGUGAUAUGAUUAUAUCAACAGCAUGUCGUUAUGAUCUUGAUCAUUGUAUACAACGUGCACAAGAGUUAUUUGAACAAUGGUUUAAUUCACCAUCAAAUAAUACAAUUGAAGCUAAUCAACGACGCGUUGUCUACUGUACGAGUAUAAGAUUAGGUGAUCGAGCGAGGUUUCAAUUUCUUCUUCGAGAAUAUCAGGCAUCAAGUGAUCCACAAGAAAAAGCACGCAUACAAACAGCAUUAACAUGUACAAGAGAUAUAGAAUUAAUACGAUAUUUACUUCAUAUACAUAUAAAUUCUGAACAAAAUGUAAUACGUCGACAAGAUGUUUUAGGUGGUAUUCGAUCAAUAUGUCGAAAUUUAAUUGCUGAAACAGAAUGUUGGACGUUUGUACAUGCAAGAUGGACACAAUUAUUUCGAGAUUAUGGUGGUUCACUUAGUUUUGCUGAAUUAAUUAAAGAUGUUACAGGAAGAUUUAAUACAUUAUUACAAUUAGAAGAAUUUGAACGAUUUUCUGAACAAACAACUGAUAAAGGUGCAGCUGAAGCUGAAUUUAAAGCAUCAAUUGAACGUAUUCGUGGAAAUAUUCAAUGGGUUAGUAAAUCAAAACCGAAUUUAGAAGAAUGGUUUUUAAAUCGAACACUUGCAAUUCGUCUUCCACUUGAUUGGUUUCCAUCAACGUAUCAACUUCAUUUUAAUGUUUUUCUUCAAUCAACAUAUCCAACUAAUGAAGAACCUAAUACAACAUUUACAGGUCAUACACGUAUACGUAUACGUUGUACACGUCCAACAAACGAGCUUCGUAUACAUAUGAAACAAUUACGUUUAUCAUAUGCUAUAUUAACACGUCUUGGUAAAAAUAAUAAUCUUAUUAGUGACUGGACAAUUGUUAUAUCGUCAGAAGUUCUUUUAUGUCGUUUAAGAGAACGUUGUAUUAAAGAUGAAGAAUAUGAAUUUGAAUCGGCAUAUACUGCAGAAUUAGAUAGAGAAAUGGCAGGAUUUUAUUUAAGUAGAUAUAAUGUUACUAAUACAACAACAGGAAAAAUUAUUACACACAAUAUUGGUGCAACACAUAUGCAGCCAACCAUUGCUCGUCAAGUAUUUCCCUGUUUUGACGAGCCAUUAUUCAAAGCGAAUUUUACAAUAUCAAUAAGUUAUGAUCCAAGUUUUACAGUUGUUCGAUCGAAUGGUGAAAUGUUAAAUAAUAAUCAACCAGAAGUAUUACCUAAUGGUCGUUUAUUAGCACGUUUUGAACAAACUCCACCAAUGUCAACAUAUCUUGUUGCAUUUGUUUUAACUGAUUUUGAAUGUAUAACAAAUCAAACACUGAAUAAAAUUAGUGUUAGUGUUUGCGGACGACAAGAAGCCAUGCUUAAAGGUGAAGGAGAUUUUGCUUUAGAUGUUGCAAUACAUGUUAUUACUUAUUUUGAACAAUCAUAUAAUGUUCCUUAUCCAUUAAGUAAAUGUGAUCAUUUUGCUAUACCAGAUUUUUCAGCUGGUGCUAUGGAAAAUUGGGGUAUGAUAACAUAUCGUGAAACGGCACUACUGUAUAAUAGUGAAACAGGCAAUCUAGCAAAUAAACUUCGUGUUGGUGAAGUUGUUUCACAUGAAAUAGCUCAUCAAUGGUUUGGAAAUAUUGUUACACCGAAAUGGUGGAAUGAUAUUUGGUUAAAUGAAGGAUUUGCAUCAUGGGUAGAAGUUCUUGGUCUUGAUAAUGCAAGUCCAGAAUUUGAAGCACUUGAUGUAUUUGUUACAACAACUGUACAACGUGCACUCGUUAUGGAUAGUCUUUAUUCAAGUCAUCCAAUAAGUGUUGAAGUAACACAUCCAGAUGAAAUUAAUUCAAUAUUUGACGCUAUUUCCUACGAUAAAGGUGCAUCAAUUCUUCGUAUGAUAUAUUCUGUUUUAAAUGAAACAACAUUUUUUCGUGGUAUCAGUAAUUAUUUAGACUAUUUUAAAUAUAGCAAUGCUGUACAAGAUGAAUUAUGGGCAUUUUUAACAAAUGUAACUAAUCCAAUUACACUUGGUGGUUAUACAGUAAAACAAAUAAUGGAUACAUGGACAUUACAAGAAGGAUAUCCAGUAUUAAUAGUAACACGUAAUUAUAAUAAUAAUACAGUAACAUUGAAGCAGAAACGUUUUCUUCUUGAUCCAAAUGGUUUAAAUUAUUCAUCUAGUUAUGCAAAUCCAUUUAAACCAUUGGAAUUUCAGUGGUAUAUACCAUAUGAUUAUAUGAUUAAUUCAAAAUUAUCACCAUUUUACUGGUUAUCACCAAAUAAAACCGAUCAAUUAACAAAUAUUCAACCAGCAACUGAUUGGAUUUUAUUUAAUAUAAAUGAAUUUGGUUUUUAUCGUGUUAAUUAUGAUAAUCAAAAUUGGCGUUUAUUAAUAAAUGUUUUAAAACAAAAUAAAUCACAAAUUCCUGUUGUGUCACGUGCACAAUUAAUUGAUGAUUCAUUUAGUUUAACACGUUCAGGAGAUUUAAAAGUUGAUAUACCAUUAGAAUUAUCAACAUAUUUAUGUAAUGAAUUAAAUUAUAUCCCAUUUUCAUCUUUUUCAACAAACUUACAAUAUUUAACAGUUAUGUUUGGUCAAAAUGAAAGUAAUGUUGAAUAUCAAGAAUUACAAAAAUAUAUUCGUAAAUUAGAAGAACCAGCUUAUGGUCAUCUUGGAUGGUCAAUAGCUCCAGAUUCAUCAGAUUAUUUAUCUCGUCAAUUACGUUCUCUUAUAAUUAGUGAUUUAUGUUCAAACGGUCAUGGAGUAUGUAUUCAAGAAGCAAUAGAACAAUAUCGAGAAUGGCGCAACGAUCCAGUAAAUAAUACAAUAAAUCCAGAUUUUCGUACAACUGUCUACUGUCAAGGUAUUAAAAAUGGUACAGUUGAAGAUUAUUUAUUCAUACAAAAUCAAUACAAAUUAACAAAUGAUCAAGUUGAAAAAAAUCGUUAUGGUUUUGCAUUAACAUGUACACGAAAUGUAGCAUUACUUGAAAAAUUACUUAAUGAAACUUUAAGUAAUGAUUAUGUACGUUUACAAGAUUCAUCCACAUUUAUUGGUCGUAUUAGUGUACAACCAGGUGGACAGCAAUUAACUUGGCGUUUUAUUAGUAAACGAUGGUCGGAAUUAGUUUCAAAAUUAGGUGGAUUAAGUUUUACAUUAUCAAAUAUUGUUGAAAAUGUACUUCAAUAUAUAAAUACACAAAAUGAAUUAGAUAUUGUUCUAAAAUUUAUGAGUGAAACACAAGAUUUAUCAAUAGCUGAACGUGCUUUUUUAUCAUCCGUGGAAAAAAUAAAAGCUAAUAUCCGGUGGAUGGAUACAACAGGACGAGAUAUUCGUACAUGGCUUUCUACCAAUACGGUGACAUGUUAA